CAGUGUGUGUGUGUGUGUGUGCGGGGCGUUCACAAACAGCGAAGCGUCGCACGUCGCAGAACUGCGUUUCCCGGUGCGUCCCCACGAGUGGCUAUGACUAACUUUGUACCGUACCCGUUCCGUAUCUACCAUCUCGUACCAAUUACCGAGGGAGGAGUGUAAACAUCUGUAAAGUGAGGAAGUGGGAUGUGGUUUUCUGUGAUGUGAACAGCCUGUUACAUGGUUGCGCGCGUGGGCGCCGUGACCGAUGGCAGGCGAUCAGUCAGUCAUCCACAUCGUUAUCGUUACACUGGAUGACGCGUCGUGGGUGUGAGCUCAAUAUGUGAAUGUGUAUGUAAAUGGCAGCUUUGUGAAAUAAAGAGCCAGUGCAUUGAAGUCAUCGGCGUCCGUGUGAGCUCGCCGUCAGAUAAUGGACUCAUCUGUGGCGCUGGUAAUAACCCGGGGCUCGUGUUUACCGGAGGACGCGGGGAAGAGCGCGCCGAGCGCUCACCUGAACGGCUGCGUGCCGCUCUCUCAUCAGGUGGCCGGACACAAGUAUGGCGUGGACAAAGUGGGUAUAUUGCAACAUCCUGAUGGCACAGUGUUGAAACAGCUGCAGCCCCCUCCGAGAGGACCCAGAGAGAUGCAGUUCUACAGUAUGGUGUAUGCUGAAGACUGCUGCGACCCCUGUCUCAUAGACCUCCAAGAGCACCUUCCCAAGUACUACGGCACCUGGUCCUCACCUGACAUUCCCAGAGACCUGUAUCUAAAGCUGGAGGACGUGACACGCAGGUUUCAGAAGCCGUGCAUCAUGGAUGUGAAGAUUGGCCAGAGGAGCUAUGACCCCUUUGCAUCACAAGAGAAACGGGAGCAGCAGAUCAGAAAAUACCCGCUGAUGGAGGAGAUUGGCUUCCUGGUUCUGGGUAUGCGGGUAUAUAAAGCAGGCUCGGACAGCUAUGACACCUAUGACCAGCAUUAUGGAAGAGCCAUGAUAAAGGACACUAUCAAGGAAGGUUUAUCCAAGUUCUUCUACAAUGGAGACAUUCUCCGCAAAGACGCCAUCACUGCCAGCAUCCUCAAAGUCCAGAAGAUCCUCCAUUGGUUUGAGAGCCAAAGUCAGUUAAACUUUUAUGCAAGCUCUUUGCUCUUCGUCUACGAGGGUGUCUGUAUGCCCAGUUUUGGCUCUCAGACCCUACUGGAGAGCAAUCUCACACCCAAAACCUGUGAGCAGAACAACAACAUUGACCAGAGCCUCUCAACUAUGUACUCCCUGCACAACAAAGGUUGCAUCCAGAGCCACUACCAAAUCAAACAGGAUAACAGCGCAUGGAAAAUGUCCGCACAGCAGCCCAACGGCAACCACAGUCUGGCAAGACUGGAAGAGGAGGGGAGGGAAGCGAAAAGUGAAGCGGGACAGAAAACAGUUGGCAAUGUGGAGGUUAAAAUGAUUGACUUUGCGCAUGUCUUCCCUAGUGACGUCCAUGACCAUGGUUACAUCUACGGCUUAAAGAACCUGCUGAAGGUCCUACAUCAAGUUCUGGAUGAGUAAUGGAGCUCUUUUAGUUGUCCUUAGAUUGGUUACAUCUGUGACUUGAAGAACCUACUCAAGCCCCUACAGCAAGUCUUGUACGAGUGAUGGAGCUCUUUAAGUGGUUCUUAUAGAUGGGUUAUGUAUAUGGCUUGAAGAACCUACUGAAGGACCUACAGCAAGUUUUGAUGAGUAAUGGAGCUCUUUUAGUGGUUAUUAUAGAUGGGUUACAUAUACGGCCUGAAGAACCAGCUAAAGGUCCUUCAGCAAGUUCUAGAAGAGAGAUGGAGCUCUUUUAGUGGUACUUGCAUGGGUAACAUCUACAGCUUGAAUCACUUACUAACGGUCCUACAUCAACGGCUAGAUAAGUGAUGGGGCUCUUUCAGUGGUUGGAGAGCUUGUUUUUGAAGGUAUGAAUUUUGUAGCCACUUUCAAAACUGUAUACCCCCUUCGCUCUAAUCUGCACUACCUACUACCAUCAGUGGAGUAACAUAUUUGUAAUCCUCGUCUAAUGUAUGUGCUUUAGUCUUCAAAAAGCUUUGUACAGUUUAUGAUAUAUUACUCAGGUAAAUGAAUCCAGUAUGCUCGUGUAUGUUUAUCUCGGCAAAAGAAGAAAGCUUCAUGAAAUGUUGAAGCACUCUGAUAUCACAUAUUAGUUCCUGUUUCCAGAGCCAUGACAGAGCCAGUUCUUUUUUUAUCUUUAUUUUUUAAUUGAUGUGAUUGAAAAUAGAAUAGAUGUAGGAAAAUAUAUCUGACAUUUGUUGCGCAGAUGCUGCCAAAAUGACCCUGCCUGUUGUUUCAGACCUGUUGAAUUGUGAAUUUUAUCAAAACAUUUUAACAUGUGAUUUUGAAAUAAUUAAACCUUUGUAAGUAUAUUCAUGUUCUGUGAUUACUGAUGCAAUAUGACCGAAAUGACAAGGAUGACAGUAAUGAAGAUUUAAAACUUUCAUCUCAAAGAGACCCUUGUGUCUACAACAAAUGCCAAAGUUUCCACCAAUGGAGAACGAGAACUGAAUGAUGCAAGUAACUUCAGCAGCUUAAGACUGCAUUCAUAAAUGGUUUCUUAAAUGGUCCUGCUUUCUUGAGUGUUGUCCAGGAAUUUCACUUGGGCGUUAGUCCACAUUUAUUGAGUGAGCACUAGGGCUGCAACUAACGAUAAUUAGACUAAUUAAUAAUCGACUAAUCUAACGAUUAUUAGAACGAUUAUUCGACUAUUCUUCGAUUAUUGCAAAGAUUAAUCAUUAACUCUUAUCUGACUAUUCAGAUUGUGCCCGACUUAAAAGGUUGUAUUAAACAUGCUUGCUAAAAAUAGAGGACAAAAUUGUCUUUUAAAAGUACAAUAAACUAAAUGUCAUUCACUGAAUUAAAGGAAAAGAUACUUUAUAUUAAGUUUAAUUCCGUAAAAUAAAACAUUUACUGCAAGAUACAAUUACUUGAGAAGCAACAUAUAAGAUAUUUAGACUUGCUUUAAGAGAAUGUAUCUUAAAUAAGGGUAUUUUAUGUAUAAGUGUAUUUUUUCACUUGGUUAUACUUCUGCGAGUGCAGUAACGACAAAAUAUACUUAUAUUCAAGAUCUGUUCUCUAAAAGCAAGUCUAAAUAUGUUGCUUCUCAGGUGAAUGUAUUGAUAUCUGAUUUCUUUUUUUCUUCUGCAAUAUAGCUCCUAAUGUAAAUGUAUGUUGUUUUAAAGGAGUUUUAGAUAUUUAUAUUGGAAAACAAGCCAAAACAAAAACAAAUCAAAAACGUAUUUUGUUGCAGUGUAUGAUGGGGCGAAAACUACCCUCCCUCACCUUUCUGUUCACUUCAAUUCAUCUUUAACUCACAAAAAAAACUAACUCUUCUUAAUAAAGCUGCGUAUUGCCAAUUUUCUUUACGAUAAUAAACACACAGUGACACACACAUUAUGAUUCAAUAUGUCGCGAGUCAUCACGUUAUAAUCUAGCUGCAUUAAGCAUGCACGCUCAGUGGAUGAGUGUCCCCACGACAGAGUGUGAAUCAGCCGGAUGCAGUUUCAAUCUCUCUUUGAUUUGCCCCCUGUUGCAUCCCUUUUAAAUUCUCAGGAAUUGCAUGUUUUAAUACAAAUUGUCUUGUAAGCAUGAAUUGUUCUUAUGGAUAUUAUGAUCAUUCAUUAGCAUCUCAGUACGGUUAUGUUUAACUCAAAGGCUCUGUUCCAAAACCUAGAGAGCUGCCAUAGUAGGCAACAUUUUAAGGUAUCAUAUGCACACUGUGGAAGGCUGUUCAAAAAGCUUAAAAUUCAGCAUCGCUUAAAAGGCACCAUCGCAUGCAUCUUUCAUGGAGAAGGAAAUUAUUUUAUUUAUUAUAAAUGAUUCAUUCAAUACCAAUUUUUUUUUUUCUUUUUUUUUUUUUUUUAAAUAGUUCUGUCUAUAUUAAAAAUUGGGCUAUUUUAUCCAAUAUUUCUUUGUGUUAUGUAUUUUAAUGCUUAUCAGUGUAUUGAGUUGUUAGCUUAGCAACAUGCUUACGCCACAUACUAUUGAAGUCAAUUGUGAUUUCAGUCUCCAAAUUGGUCACUUAUAAGGUUUCAUUUGAGUUAGGAUGCUGCCAUAAAAGCCAACUGCCUAUAUAGGCAGUAGACAGCAAAGCAACUCACUAGGUUUUUGAAUGAAGCCACUGUUUCCCUUUUUUGUUCCACAAGUAUUACUUUUGUUUUUGUUAUCUCUUGUGUUGUCUGUGUAAUAUAUCGCAUUACCUUGGUUGUGAUGGAUGUUGAAAGACACAAGCUAAAUGCAGCAUAGCAAGUGUAUGAAAUACAGUUUUCAUUCUUUUCCACUUUCAUCUUUUGAAUAGCACAAAAUUGGAAAAAGUUACUUUCUGUUUGUACCCCAAAAGACAGAAGUGAAUGAAAAGCAUAGCUCCAAAGUGAAAUGGAAAUAUGUGUCUUUGGGCAAAGUUAAACUGCCUUUGUGCAUAAGAAAGAAUAGUCAAGGAUUUUUGCAAUUCAUACUGGCAUAUUAUUUUUAGAAAGUCUCUUUCUGGAGACUUUUGCUAGCAGUCUAAGUGGGCUCUAGAGUAUUAUAAUGCUGUGCCAACGCAAAAUGCAGUAACUACAUAUCGAGUUUUGACUUAAAUCAGGUGUCUUAGACUAUGAUCUGUUCUGUGAUAUGGGUUUUGCUCAACUAUAAUCAGAUUUUGAGUAAACAGAGUGUGGAAGUUGCAGUAACAACAAAAUUCACACUAAAUGCAAGGAAAACCACAGUAUUCGCAGUUUCAGUAUUGGCGUAGUUACUGCGUUUUGCCUUUGUGCAUUAUAGUGCUCCUGAUGGUAUCAUUUGUUUUAAAAGAGUUAAUGAACUGAAUCUUGUUUACAUUCUACCUUAAUGGUUAUCUGGACAGAAUCACUUAUUACUAUAUAGUCAUUUAUGCAUAACUCUAUAAUAAAUGUCUGUUCAUUGUUUUAUCUUUAUGCACUGAAAAGAAGUGGAAAUACUAUAAGAUGUAUACAUUCAUGCUUUUGUUACUUACUGAAGUUUAUCUUAAACUUUUUUUUUUUUCUGGCUAUUUGUUUUUUUUUUUUAUUACUGGUAUAUAGUCCCUGAUUGGUAACUAACUACUGUAUGGAAGUGGUUAAAGCACUUUAGUGAGCCUCUGCAAGACUGGAUUUUUUUAACCAUGGAAUAGAUCCAUCUUAUGGGCACAAAACUGUUUAUUUCUACAAAUGAAGUCUUAACACUCAAUUAAAUGUUUGUACACUGGUUUGAUCUUGUUUUGUGGAACGGCAGAAAUUGUUCCAUCACAUUCCCUCUCUCAUGCAGAGUCAGUGGAAUAUGAAUAUGAUAAUAUCUCUCUGGUGUCCUUAUGCUUUGCUGUUCAAUACACUGAAAUAUGCAGGCCUAAUUCAGUGCUGUCUCCAUUUUUGAAAACCCAUCUUUAACUUUGAUACAAGCUAAGCUAAGGGAUAAACAAGAAUUCGACAAAUAAAAACACCUAUUCAAAUGUCAUUUCGUUCAGAUGGUUUCUAAGUGAAUAAUGUAAUCUAAGUGUCAGCUAUGGGCAAACAAAUUGGUCUGUUCCUGAAUUUAACAGUUUUUAUAGUGAUUUUUCAAGGCAAUUUGAAGAAAAUAAAGUUAUGGAGAAUUCUCAUAGAAAAGAAUGAAAAAGUACUGAUCUAAUACAAAUCAAUGUGCACUCUGGUUUGAGCAAAUCUAAUGCUUUCUAAACCUGUGUAGUCUUUGGAAAUAUGUUUAACCCUGCUCUAAUUAUACUCAAACUAACCACUUUUGAAAAUAGGUAUAUGAACUUAAAAUAUUUACUUGGAUGAUAUGUGUAUAUUUGGCAAAGUUUCUUUAAUAAAAUCUACACUUAAU